AUGCGGGACUGUUUCUGGCAGGACGUUCGGAAAGGCCACUUCGUCGUGGUCGAGGGCGACUUGUCGGUCGAGACCCUCGUCACCGCGAAGGUGGGUCAGAUGGCAGCAAAAAUUUUUGCCAAGCGAAAGACCGUGCCAGUCGUAGAGGCUUUGAAGAUCUUACAACAGGAUGCCGGUCGAAGGAGCCUCUCUGGCGACCGUCGGCGUGUGGCCGAGAAGAUCUUCAGUCGCUUGGUCCGGGCACUCGCAGAUGCCAUCGACGACUCUGCAGGAAAGACAGUCUGGACGGCCAAUCGAGUGGAAUCCUUGGACCAGCUGAGGACUGCCAGGGGCUAUCGCAAGGCCUCACAUGGCUGCCAGGAGGCCGUUCUGCAAGCUGGUUCGGAGGCAGGUCCCUCGAUAGCAGCGGCUCUUCAGGCCCAGUCGCACUUCGCCUCUUCGGCGACCGGGGAGCAGCAGGGCAAGCGAAACAAGGACCGACCCGGGAAGUUCUUGGAGGCGGAACGUCUCUCGUACGUGGCCGCAGGUCGGCAGACGUUUGCGGCAACUCGGGUCCUCAGCGUCGUCGCCGAUGCCGUUCACGUGGGCCAGGAGGACUGGUUGAACGUCUUUCUGUGCGACACCGAGCAGGACUUGUCCUUCGUGUGCCCCCAGCAGGUCAAGAAGGGGACGGCCAUCACCUCGGAGGCCUGGACAGACAUGUGGCAAGGCCGCUUGACGAGCUUUUUCCAGAAAGUUGGCACGAAGGGUCGCUCGGCGGACAAGGCCACCGGUGGGGUCAGGCAGCCUGAACGGCAGGCCACUCAGGAGUGGCUUCGCGACCUCUCGCACAGCCUCGCGGUCGUUGGGUGGUCCUGGUCGUGCUGCCGGAGGACGACCGACGAGGCCAGGCCCUUCGUCUUGGUCCUUUGCACGGACCAAGAGGCCACUCAGCUGGCAGCCGCCAACUACCUGUCGUUCGGCCGGCAGUUGUUCGUGCAGCACGUGCCCGACCCGGCCCACCGCUCGCACAACGACGUUCACCUGGCCAUGGCAGCGGCCGGGCUCUUGACGUUCAGCAUCGUGUCCAUCGGGCUGUACAACGUUCGCUAUGGCCCCUGGAAUAAGGGGACGUGGUUCGGCAAGGUCCAGACCAUGGCCGACGAGAUGAGCCGCUCGAUGUCGCCGUCGGACCCGCUGCUCCUCGCCUUCUUCCCGGAGAUUCUCGCCGACCAGGGCCGUUCGCAGGACGAGAACACGGAGGAGUCGCGACGUGCGUUUCUCGAGUCGCUGCCGAACAGGUCGUUCGUCAGGAGCAAAGGCAGCAAGGCCUCUCAGUCCAGGUUCAACAGCCUCAGCACGGCCCAUGCCGAGCUCGACAGGGACUGGUCGGCGUUCUGCCUCGUCCUCGUGGUCAUUUGCGUGGCGGAAGGCUGGGCCAAGUCUGCGGCCGACCUUUGGACUCCCCAGAGUGAGGUCGCCGAGAGUGCGGGCUCGUCCAGGGCUGCUGCCAAGUCCGCCGCUCGAAAGGCCUUGCAGAAGCAGCGAGGCCGUUCGGUGAACACUCUGCAUGGCAUGACGAUGUUCGCUUGCAACCCGGACAACAAGUCGCUCGCCCGGACAGUGUUUUUCGUCCUUGGGCCAGAGGGCAUUCGCUGCUCCAAGAUGCUCGAGGACUUGCGAUCGGCGGAAGCGACAGUCAAGCAGUACUCCGAGUGGGCACACUGGGAGUACAUGACGGUCGCUCACGAACACGUGGCCAAGCUGUCCAAUCUCGCCGCUCUGCAGCGGAUUGGAUUGGACAUGUCCAUGCUGCUGCCGGAGGAGGAAGCUCGAGAGGCGGCCGUCACCUGGCAGGAUGCUGUGGCUCGCAGGGUCGUUCGUCUCACACAGCGGCUUCUUCGGUACCGGUGCGGCAGCCAGCUGCCUUCCACGAACGGUUGGGGGUCCACGGCUGGCCUUCUGCACCAGUCGACGGAGGCACGGCGUGCGAGCCUGAGCUUCCUCGCAGACGUGGACAAGACGGUGCAGGCUGUUCAAAAGGAAGGGUCCCUCGAGGCCAAGCAGCUGCUCGAAGGCCACCCGGCCACGGGGCCAGUCAUGGCUUUGGUGCUGUCCGAGCUGCGAGCAGGGUCUUUCGUUGAGGUUGCUGCGGACACCUUGGCCUUUUUGCGUCGUUUGUGGUCCGGCCUCUUGAACAGCAAAUUGGUCGAAGAUGCAAACAAAGUGCAGCGUGAAGCAGAGCAGAGGAACGGGACGUCCAAGACCAUCGGCCGCUUGGAAGGGUGGCAUGGGCUUACGAGGAAAAAGUUGCUCGAGGGCUACAAGAGGCCAGAGGUUGGCUGCGGUGCCAUGUCUGUCGUUCCCACGAAGUUCGAAGCGGACCAAUGGUUCCAACGGCCCAAGCGACUCCGUAUGGCCGACAGUUUGGCCUCGGCGUCUACUGCUUCGACUGUCGAGGAGGUCAGCGACCAGUCUCUGGAAGAGGACGUUCUCAAGGGCGUCAGCCUCGCGAAGACCUGGGCCUCGCACACACCCGAGUCGGAGCAAGACAGGCUUGCCAGCUUCUCGCUCUUGACCAAGGUUGUCAAAGAGGGCAAGGAUUGGACGUUCGUGGAGCAAGGCUGGUGGGCGUCCUUCGCACCCGAAGGCCACGGACUGCUGUUUCCAGGGCUGCCGCCGUGCUACGUCGUUCGCAGCUACAAGCGUGCAGCUCUCGUUUGGCCGGCCAAGCUGGAGAAGGUGGCCGAAAGCGAGGAGAUGCUGGUGCUGGACCCGGAGGCCCCUUCGCUGUGCUGGCUGCACUUGUACAACGACGAAGUGGUGGUUCUGGACCUCGUUGCGACCUCCCCGCAGCGUGGUCUGCGGCUGCUCGGUGAGACUCGGCCUCUCGGAGUGGCCCUUCGUGUGCAAGCCAAAAGGCCGCUGCUCCGCCACCACGAGGUCUACGGCUUCGCAGGCGUGGCCGAGUGGGGCCUGCGACGUCUGGUCCAGAGCAAGGGCUGGUCGCUCGAGGCCUCGGAGGAAGCCGGCCACGAGGAGGACGACCGAUUGGCUGUUGCCUGCUUGCUCUCCUUGGAGGCCACUCUGACCAAGGACGAAGUCGUCGCCCGAAUCCUGUUUCGGCAGGAAGCGGCGACGUGGGCAAGCGAGUGUGGCGAGCUGGACCUCGCGGAGGUCGUUCGGGACACGAUGCUGUCGGCGGACCAGGAGGUGGCCUUGCAGCAGAUCGCCAAGCGAAAGGCCACUCACCAGACAGCUGUUCAGGUUCGCCAGCGAGUGUCCAAAACUUUCGACUACGUGGCGAAGAAGUUCGCCAGCAGGCCUGAAUUCAAGAAGGCUGCGGCAGCUCGAAAGGCCAAGGAGAAGAAGGCCGAGCAGCACAAGAAGGAGCAGGCCGCCGAGAUCAAACGUUGCUAUGCCCUCGUGAGCUCGGACGUGGACAAAGCUGUCAAGGCCGCCGUGCCUGCCGCCGUUCGGGUCUACACGGACCCUCCCAAUGGGCGGUGGAAGCUCAGCUACAGCACGGCGUGGGCGUAUGCGACCCGGUCCAUUUCGUGGACAGCCAUCGGCAGCAAAGCUGGCGGGGCAGAAGUCCUUCGGCAAGCUUGGUCUUGGGCCGAGACCUUCGACGGCCUCGACAUCACGGACGAAGCGGCCGCGAUGUUGCAGAAGCUCGGCCAGAUCGAGCACGACUUCCAGCUGCUGGAGCUCCGCACACACGAAGCACGAGGACUUGCACGUCUCGUAGUUCUGUUUCUCAAGCGUUUUUUUGCCUUGGUAGCGAUGGGUCGAGCGACUUUGGCCGAAACCGGCGGCGUGAGGCCUGCCAGCGCCUAUGCUCUCUUUUGCAGCUGGGUCGCUCGCGAGGGGCUCUCGUCCGAUCGGGCGGCCAGGUUUCGCAUCCGUGGAAAGCGUAUGGUGCGGAAUGGGCCGGCCAUCCAGAAAAAGUGGCGCCACAAGAAAAGCAAGGACCUUCGGGACCACUUCACGGCCCAAGCAAAAAAGGCCUACGAGGACAACCGUGCCAAGGCAGAGGCCUUCAGGACGGCCCAAAGCCGGGAACUUUUGCCAAGCGAACCUCUUGCAGACGAGGAGGCCGUGGCUGUCGAACUCGAGGCCGACCGUGCGAGGACGGAGCUGUUCAACGACUCCUGGACCUGGACACUCGGAGUGGCCGUUCGCGACCUGACAGAGGUGAGCAGUGGGGUCAGCGGCCGGGUCUUCGUCGGGUCCUUCGCAGGCCAGCCGGUGGCCCUCAAGGUGGCCUUGGGUCGGGGAUUGCGAGAUCCCAUGCAGAGGGCGGCCGCUGGUGGGCUGGACGUGGCAGAGGAGUUCGCCAUCUUGGGGGCACUCGGACAGCACCCCAACGUGGUUCGGGCCUUCGGCGUUCUGACGAGCUCUCUCGGAAAAACCGCUUUGCUCCUCGAGAGGGCGACCGAGAGCCUGCACGACACGGCCUGCCGGCUCCAGGCCGACCGACUGGAAACUUCGCCGGCCGGGAAGGGCUCUCUGCUGCAGCUCUUCCAGCAGUUCCUCCUUGGCCUGUCGUUCGUGCACGGCCGUUCGAUUCUGCACUUGGAUGUCAAGCCCAGGAACAUCCUGGUCUUCGACGGCGUUCGUGCAGCACUGGCGGACUUCGGGCAUUCGGAGUCUGCUUCGGACGGUUGCUGCUCGGUCGUCGGCGAUCGCGUCUACACCGAGGCCUUUCGAUGCUCGGAGUGCCUGAUGGCAGGCGAUCGGAAGGUCAGAGUGACGUUCGCCGGCGACGUCUGGGCAGCCGCCGUCUCGUUGUUCGAGAUCUGCUCACCUGCAAAAGCCUCGCUGUGGACGGUCUCUCCCAAGACGUUCGUGCGGGAGACGGAGGAGCAGACAGCUCAGGCCAUUCGAGAGAUGGCCAUCGCAAAGAGUGCCAAGGUGAUGCCGUUCAAUCAGAACAUGGUGGACGUUCUGGAGAAGGUCUUCGUACCGGCCAGCCGAAGACUGUCGUUGUCGGGCAUGCUUCAGAGCAUCCAAAGAGACCGACGAGCACUGGGCCAGGCCCGAUCGUUUUGA